AUGCCUCUACGCUGCCCGCCUCUCACCAGGUACAUCUUUCAAUGUAUUGCAUCCACAGAACUCGAAGUGAUGAACUUUGGCGAUGGGCGCAAUUUUAAUUCGAUUUUUGGGGUUCCGGGGAUUGCUGUCAUGAGGAAGUCUUCUCAUUCCGGCCAUCGCUACGUGGCAGCACAUAGUGCUGCUUGUCAUUUUCUUUGUGUCACUCCAACCCAUGGCUCAAACUCGAUCUUUCGGAUUCCGGCAAUCACCCUCACCCUACCCACAUUCCUAUACAUUUCAAAUUCGAUUUUUCAAGUUCCGGCGAUCACCCUCACACCACUCAAUAUCUACACAUCCCUACCCCCUACUGGGCCAUACACCCAAUCGAAUUUCAUUCUUGGAAUGAUUUUUCCAAGUCCGGCCAUCACUACGUGGCAGCACAUAGUGCUGCUUGUUGUUUUCCUUCCGUCACUUCCACACCACGGUUCAAACUCGAUUUGUCAAGUACCAGUGAUCACCCCCAUGCCGCUCAAUAUCUACACAUCCCUACCCAUAUACCUCAUCGAUUUCGUGGCAGCACAUAGUGCUCCUUGUCGCUCUCUUUGCGUCGAUCCACCCCAUGUUUAUUAUCCCUGCAUCCCAGUUUGGUUUUCAUCCCGUGAUCGCAAACAAUAUUAUUCGACGAAUAUGCCUUUUCACCGUGGGAAACCCUCUGCAGUCCUCAAACAGGUGGACCCCGACAUGGCCAUCCUUUUGUGCAUUGCCAUGUAUUCUUUGAAAAAAGUUGAACUUAUGCUUCAAUUUUCGCUUGGUUCGACUUUUUUCCGACCGCAUGGCGACUCCCAUGCAGCCAACCUCCCUGAUAUUGGGGUCAGAAGAAACAUGCACAAACAACUUCUUGUCUUCCACCCUCACCCAGUACUCGCAGUUGCGCACAUUGUCAUCUUAUUCCAAUCUGGGUCAGGUCGAGGAAACAUGUUGGCGUCGAAAUCCUUGGACGCUCGUGACCCCAGGCUUCGUCUCCUCUCGCCAGUCGAUAAGCUCUACCAAGACGGUCGAUUAUUACUCAACUUUUUCUUUACCUCCCUCUUCCAAUUCUCAACGGUGUGGUUAACACGUGUCAGCCUCGCCCUUUCCAUCGCGCGUAUAUUCCCCAAUGGCCACCGCGCUCGACGCAUUUCGGCGGCACUCACCAUAAUAUUCAUACUCAAUCUCAUCACCACAGUAACUGUGCUGAACGUGACCUGUCAAGGGGGCGGUGUGCCAUGGUGGAAGGUCACCGCUAAGUACUGCGGAAAAGGGCCAAAAAAAGUUUUUGUUGGGGGUGUCGUGUCGAUAAUACUCCAAAUUCUUUCGGACAUCGUGCUCACUGCCACCCCUUUGGUCAUUCUAUGGCGUGUCAAUUUGCCCUCACGCUCGAAACGCGUUAUCCGAGUUGCGUUUUCGGGGAGCAUCCUGAUGCUCCUCCUAUUUAUCGCCUGUUGCAUAGUUUCGUUCGACCCAGGACUCAUGUCAAAACCUAGCGCUGCUCUAAUCCCCCCCAUGAUUUCCCAAUUAGAGAUGGCGGUUUCCUUGAUAGUAUGCAAUUUCCUCGUCACGACGACUUUGUUGUACAAGGCGUGGCGUAAGCGAUUUGGACGUCCGCGUCCCGAAGGACAAUCAACGGAGGCUGAGGACUCCUCUGACGUCGAAGAGUCUUCUUCUCGGCCGGAUGAUACAGAACACUCCAGCCCGAGCGCGGCGGAGCCUAAAUCCACUCAGUCUCGGACGAUCAUCACAUUUACGGAUGUUAUGACGGACUCGGAAUUGUAUCAAGAAAUCUCUACAUCGACGAAGCCGGAGUCGGGUGGCAGUAAAUCCGGAUAAUUGAUUGUGAGCUUAGAUAUGAUCUCUCGCUUUGCAACUUGCUUUGAAAACCGUCGCUUUGGUAACUAAUUUAUGCACGUAGCUAUUAUUGUAUUCAUAUACCAUACAUUCUUGAAAAGUAUAACUCUCGGCUGCGUGAAAGA